CUCUUCAGCGUGCAUAGUGCAUACAAGCUCUUUAUUUCUUUCCUUCAUUGUUCACUGCUUCACAGUCCCACCAAAAAUCUCUCUGCGCUUUGAUGGCAUAUCUUUCUCUAUUUCUACAGUUGCCUCUCUUCCUCUCUCUCUCAAAGUUCUCCUAAGCUUUUCUGGGGUUCCCUUUUACAAGUGCCAGACCCAGAUCCUCUCCUCCUUGUAGCUUUCAUUGCUAUAUAACCGUCCUGUACCUUUACUGCUUCUCUUUGACUUGACUUUGACUUCCCUGACACACCUCUCUCUCUCUCUCUCUCUCUCUCUCUCUCUCUCUCUCGCCCCCCGUGUCUCUACUGUAUAUGUACGUGUGUAUACAAUCUUGUGUACUACGUUUUGAUCGUUUCUGGAGCCCUUUAUGCCUCCCUGUCGUCGGUUGUUCAUAGAGUUUAUACAGUAAAAGAAGUUCUGAUCCAUGUUCAAAACGAAAGGAACAGAGGGCGAGGAAGAAAGAGAGGAUUUGUGUACAAAAGAUAGUGAGCUUGGCAGAAAGAAACGGAUUCUUGCUAUGGACUCUGGUAAUAGCUUUUGCAUUAUUACUCCUUGUUCCCCAACGGUAAGGAUUGGAGAGUACAACACCAAUCGUGGAGCUGAUCCACACUGGGAUGGUAUCUCGCCGAGUGUGAUCAGAUUUGGCGGUUCCUCUGGUGGUGAACCUCAGGAUGCAGAUUAUUCAGUUGCUACGCUGAGUGAUGAGUUAGAGGCUCUGAUCUUGGCCAGGGUUCCUAGAUCAGAAUACUGGAGGUUUUCUUUUGUGAACAGGAGGUUUUUAAAUCUUGUGAAGACUGGUGAGGUACAUAAGAUUAGGAGGGCAAUUGGGUGCAAAGAAUCAACUGUGUUUAUGUCUGCAAGUGGGGAGACUAGUUGGUGGGCAUUUGACCGGGAAUUUAGGUCUUGUAGGAAACUCCCUAUCUUACCAUCAGACUUGUGUUUCAAAUCUGGUGAUAAGGAGUCACUCUGUGCUGGGAAUCAUCUGAUUGUUUCAGGCAAAGAGUAUGAUGGUGUUGUCAUUUGGAGGUUUGAAUUGGCAUCAAGCAGAUGGUUCAAGGGUCCCUCUAUGAUCAGUCCAAGGUGUUUGUUUGCAUCCGCCACCUGCGGUGCCUAUGCUUUUGUAGCUGGUGGCAUUGGAAUGGAGAAUAACUGGAAUGUCCUGAGCUCAGCAGAGAAAUAUAAUCCAGAGAGAAAAUCAUGGGAACCCCUUCCAAGGAUGCACAGGAGGCGAAAGCUUUGCUCCGGUUGUUACAUGGAUAACAAAUUCUAUGUGAUUGGAGGGAUGGACGAGGAGGCCAGAGGUCUAACUUGUGGGGAAGCAUUUGAUGAGCAGAAAAAUACAUGGGAAUUGAUCCCAGACAUGUUAAAAGAUACCCCGGCCUCAGCUUCCCAAUCUCCACCUCUUGUUGCAGUUAACAACAAUGCGCUCUACUCGCUCGAAGCUUCUUCGAAUGAGCUGAAGGUAUACUUGAAGGGAACCAAUUCAUGGAAGAACUUAGGACCAGUCCCAGUUAGAGCUGAUUUUACAAGAGGAUGGGGGGUCGCAUUUAAGUCUCUGGGUGAUGAGCUGCUUGUCAUAGGUGCAUCUUCGGUUUCUAAUGCAGGCCAUGGCAUGACUGUAUACACUUGCUGCCCGGAUCCACGGGCAGAGGAAUUGCAGUGGAGGCCUCGGUCUCUUGACUGUGGCACUAACCAGCUUGGCCACUUCAUUUUAAAUUGCUCGGUCAUGGUAGCCUGAUUGUUCAAAUUUGAAGCAGUGGUUCUAGAGUGUUUGUUACCUACUGAAGACAGUUUUUUUUUUCUAAAUAAAAAAUAAAAAAUAAAAAAAA